UAAGUUUCCCCUAUAUAAACCCUUGUAGUUCUCUCUUCUCCUCACCCACUUAAACCCCACUCCCCUUUUCUCAUGGCCUCUUCACUUUUGGUGUGCAUUUGUGUACUUGGGCUGAGCUCAGUGGCCAUGGCUGCUAGCCCAAGAAAGCCCAUUGAUGUUCCCUUUCAAAGGAACUAUGUGCCCACUUGGGCUAAUGAUCACAUCAAGUACAUCAAUGGUGGUAAUGAGAUCACUCUCUCUUUGGAUAAGUACACAGGAACUGGGUUUCAAUCAAAAGGUUCUUACUUGUUUGGGCAUUUCAGUAUGCAAAUAAAGAUGGUUCCUGGGGACUCUGCAGGAACCGUGACCGCUUUCUAUCUGUCUUCACAAAACUCAGAGCAUGAUGAGAUAGAUUUUGAGUUUUUGGGCAACAGGACAGGACAGCCAUACAUACUUCAGACCAAUGUGUUCACUGGGGGGAAGGGGAAUAGAGAGCAGAGAAUAUAUCUCUGGUUUGAUCCAACCAAGGCCUACCAUUCCUACUCAGUUCUCUGGAACAUGUACCAGAUUGUUUUCUUCGUCGACGACGUCCCAAUCCGAGUAUUCAAAAACAGCAAAGACCUCGGGGUUCGAUUCCCCUUCAACCAGCCCAUGAAGAUCUACUCAAGCCUAUGGAACGCGGACGACUGGGCCACAAGAGGCGGGCUCGAAAAAACCAACUGGGCCAACGCCCCGUUCAUCGCGACCUACAAAGGGUUCCAUAUCGACGGAUGCGAGGCCUCGGUCGAGGCCAAGUUUUGUGCCACCCAAGGGAAGAGGUGGUGGGAUCAGAGAGAGUUUCAGGAUCUUGACGGUGUGCAAUACCGCAGGCUCAACUGGGUCCGCCAGAAGUAUACCAUUUACAACUAUUGCACGGACCGAGCUCGGAUCGCGACGAUGCCGCCGGAGUGCAAGAGAGAUAGAGAUGUGUGAGUUACUUAACGCAAUGUGCGUGGCUGCUCUCUUUUGUGUAAGUUGAAUUGCUUGUGAUCUCAAGUGCUUGUGUUUGUAUCGUUAUGGUUUGUGGUGAAACUGAAAAUACGCAAUGAUAAGCGAUUAUGUGUAUGUUGUUGUUACGUCCAAAAACUACUUGGUAGUUACCAAUAAAUAUUAAGCUCUAAUUUAGAAA